GACACGCCCAUUACUUCCAUCUUAGCCAUGUGGAUAGUGACCACAAACGACUGCACGACCGAUCCGUUUGUUUAUGCAUUAUAACUUAUAUUUUGCAUGUUCAGACCGAGAGCAAAAUGUCCCAGUCAGUGUCCAGGUUUCAAGCAGAGGUGGCGGCCGUUAUGGAGGUGUUACUGAAGGUGGCCGUCGUAGAGAUAACGAAAGUUUUCGAAGGACGCGCAUUGGAUUUCCAUGGCUGCACGGUCGACAGAGAAGCUCAGAUCAAAGAGGAUCUGGUGCGUGUCCCUGACAUCAGGGCUCAUAUGGAAAGUGCGUUGACUAAUCUUUCGGACAAGAUGGUUUGUAGCGUCGGUGUGCAAGUGGGAGAGACACUGCUGUCCAACCAUCAGGAUCUGUGUGUGUCCACUGAGAAAGACAGGAUUUAUCUGCAGGAUUCCAAAGGAGAGGAGGAGGGGCUUUCUCCCUCUGAAAGUCUCUGCAAGGAGUCUCCAGAAGCAGUGGAUUUGCAAUGCAUGGUUGACCUUCCAUGCACAAUCUUCAAAGAAACUGAGAUUGGACUGGGGAGAGGAGACAGCUUAAUUCACGACACCCCACGGACAGAUGACUUGAAGAAACCAGAGACAAUUCAGGAAAAUGGUCUUCUAGGACUUGAUGCUCUUGAGGAAACUUCUUCACACUCUAUAGUAGAUCCAGAGUCUCAUCUAUUCAGCUCUGUUCUAGGUAACAUUCCCAGUGCUGACCUUUCCAUUGACAGUAUAAACCAGUGGGACCAUGUCCUUAUGGAAGUAAAUUCUUCACUGUCUGUUGAAAAGUCACCUCGCAUAGAAUCUCCUCAAUCCACCAAAACCCCAGCGGAGGCCACUGAACUCAGCCAGGCAUCAGGUAAUAGUGCUUUGAAUGCAAAGAAGGUGCGUUUCCAGCUGAGCAAAACACCUUUCGAUUGCAAACUGUUACGGCCUUGUUCUGUGCAACUUGUGAACCUACUGAUGCUGUCAAGUGAGCAGAGGGCGAAUGGAUCCAGCAAAAAAUGCUUCUCUACACCCAAAGAUCUGCGAGCCCACCAGCGUGUCCAUACGGGACGUCGGCUGUGCUGCUUUAAAGACUGCGGGAACGGCAUUUGGCGCCUGCAGGGAGCCCUCUCACAAGGGCAUGCUCAUGCCUGCAAGAUCUGCGGCAAAAAGUUCAAACGCAAGAAGAUCCUAAAGCGUCACGAGCGCUUUCAUACAGGCGAAAAGCCGUAUUCCUGCAGAAAGUGUAAAAAGACAUUUGCCCUGCGGAAAAGCUUGCGAAGGCACGAGCGGUUCCACACUGGAGAGAGACCUCACGUCUGCCCACACUGCAGGAAAGGCUUCCGUCUCAAAAACAAUCUCAAGGCUCACCUGCGCUUUCACUCUGGGGAAAAGCCCUUCAUUUGCAACCUGUGCUCGAAGGGUUUUCGGAUCCUCAAAAACCUUGAGAGACACAGACUCACUCAUUCGGCGCCAGUUAGCUUUCGAACUCUUCAGUAACAGAACAAAUGUUUUGUGUGGCCUAAACCAAACGCCAUAUUUCUACCUCGCAUCAGAACCACUGGAUCCAGCCGGUAAAUCUAGCACCCGAGUUGACGCACAAUAGCAGGCAGGAUGUAGGAACAUUGGGGUGACUCAUUUUACGUGUUCAGGUUUCUUUUUUUUUUUUUCUCCUUGAUACCACAUUGUAAAUGGUUCUCAUGUUGAUUAGGGUUGUUUGUGGACAGUUUUCUUCUGGUGUAGUCUUUGCCCUUGACUGCAUCUGUACUAAUCA